AACAACAACAACAAGUAAUAAAAUAAAACACUGUAGUGUAGAUCUUUAACACUAAAUCUUUCAUGGAAUAGAGUUGUAAAUUCACAACAUAAUUUUCAUAAAUAAUAACGGAUGAUUGAAGUGCCAACAAACAUGGGUUAAAGAAUUCAUGAAGUUUGAAAGUUUUUACAUGAAACUGACUUUCUACAUGAAGUAGCAAUAUUCUCCUGAAGUUGAAGUUUUACAUGAAGCUGAAGUCAUCGGAUGAAGUAGAAUUCUUAUUUACAUGAAACUGUCAUUUUCAUGAAGUUGAAGAUUUUACAUGAAGCUGAUGUCAUUUUCUGAAGUAGAUUGCAUUACAUUAACCAGACUUUUUACUUAAGUUGAAUUGUGUUCAAGCCAUGGAUACCGAAGCUUGCUCAACAAAUAUGGAAAGUUCAAGUGCCACUAAAAAUGGUAGAUUAGCACCAGGAGAUAAUGUUGUGAAGAAGAAAUAUUCAUUUGAACAUUGCCAGGAUGACAGUAAAAUGCCACUGUACGAGAGACAGAGUAGUGUACGGAAAAGUCAGUCAAUGAGUAAUGUAGGCAAGAAUUUUCAGGAUUUGGCGCACAAUGAGAACUUUCUGAUUGGUCGCCGUGAAUUCUCGUUAUGUAACCUGCGCAGUAGGGAGCAUUCACAUGUUAGGAUAACAGAAGUUGUUCCUGUGAAUAGUGCCCUAGUUUCUGGUCACAAUUCCGAGGACUCUGAGAAUUGGAAGACACCAGUGAAAGUGUUUAGUGACAAAAGACGAGGAAAAUCUAAGGCAGAUAAGAAACUGUCAAGGAGGAUAAGAUCAUACUACAAGGAACAAGAUCAGUUGAUAAAGGCGUUUGAAGAUAUUCAGCUGGAUCAGAUGUGUGCAGAAGAUGAAGAGGAACAAAAUAUACAGAUGCAGAAAAGAUCAAGCAAUCUUGCUAAAGCUUCAUUCGCUGUCAAUCUGGUUUUAUUGAUUAUAAAAGCUAUAGCAGUAGCUUUAUCUGGGUCACUAUCAAUUAUAUCAAGUCUGGUAGAUUCUGUCGUAGAUCUUAUGUCCGGUGUGAUAAUUUGGUGGACGUCACACGCCAUGAAGAGUCGCAACAUUUACCAUUAUCCUGAAGGGAGAUCAAGACUGGAACCUAUCGCUAUUGUUAUACUGUCUGUCAUCAUGUCUCUGGCGUCAUUUCAACUGAUCGUUGAAUCUGUACAGAUUAUUGUCGGGUAUUCAUCGGGGAAAGGAAAUCUUCCGUCAGUACAGCUACCCGUUAUUCUCAUUGCAGUUAGUACUAUUGUGUCAAAGUUUAUAUUGUUUAUGUUGUGUUAUUGUUGGGGUAAACACAGUAGUUCAGUGCAGGCGCUGGCUCAAGACCACAGGAAUGAUGUCUUAUCAAACAUUGUAGCCAUAGUCUGUGGUUACCUAGGAUCAAAAGAGUUUAUCAGUGAAGUUGAUACAGAAGAUGUGAAGUACAUUGAUCCAAUCGGUGCUAUCCUAAUUAGUGUAUAUAUAUUGGUCAACUGGUGGAGAACUGGUUAUGAUCAGAUCAAGCUUCUGACGGGUCACACGGCAGAUCCGAAUUUUCUUAGCAUGAUAACGUGGAUUUGUUUAAAUCAUCAUCAUGAAAUUAUAUACAUAGACACAGUGAGAGCGUUCCAUUUCGGUAACAACUUCCUUGUGGAGGUUGACAUUGUUCUUCCAGAGGAGAUGUCGUUGAAAGAAGCGCACAAUAUUGGUGAAUCUCUGCAACAGAAGUUAGAAAAGUUCAAGUUAGUGGAACGGGCAUUUGUCCACCUUGAUUAUGAAAUAGAACAUAAUCCAACGGAGGAGCACAAAAUGAUUUGAUAAUUAGGGUCGAGUGUUGCUGAGGGCAAGUUUUGCGAGGGUCAGAAAUCGAGGGUGAGGGAGAAGACUGAGAGUUGGAUGGAUAUAAUGGUUGACAUUGGAUUGUGGAAAGAUGUUGAUAAAAAUGGAGGAGGAAUUAUAUUUAAUGUAUUUUUACCAUAGAAAUAUUCUUAAAUAUUUACCGGUAUAUGAACAUUUUUAUAGUAUUUUCUAUACAUUUAUAAUAUUUGUUUUUUGUUUUUACUACUGCUGCCAAUUAUAUUUAUUUAAUAAUGCUUGCAAUCCUUUCCUUAUUGUUUUUUUAGCUUGACUAUACAAAGUAUAUGGAGCUGUCCUACUUGCCCCGGUGUCCGCGUCCACGUCCAGAUUUAGGAUUAAAGUUUUGGUGCAGUAAAAUAUUUUUCAUUAUAACUUUUUCAUUUCUUAAGGUAUCAACUUCAAACUUCAAAUAUAUGUUCCAUAUCUUCAACCACAUCUUAUGUGACAAGGUUCAUAACUCUAGCACCAAUAUUUUCAGAUUUAUCUCCUCUUGAACUUAAAAAAUACAAUUUUUUACUGUUACUUCUUUAUUUCUUAAGGGAUCAACUUCAUACUUCAAAUAUAUGUUCCUUAUCAUCAACCACAUCUUAUGUGACAAAGGUCAUAACUCUAGCACCAAUAUUGCAAAAAUUAUCUCCCCAUAAACUUAGAUUUCUUUACUUGAAAAAUGUUACUUUUUACUCGAACUUCUUUAGUUGUAAAGGUAUCUACCUCAAAACUUCAAAUACUUAUUCCUUAUCAUCAAUUACAUUUUAUGUGACAAUGUUCAUAACUCUUGAAGCAAUAUUUUCAAAUUUAUCUCUCAUUGAACUUGGGAUUUCCUUUAAGAAAUAACUUUUUUACUUUUUGUGUCGCCUUGAAAAGGUGACAUAUAGGGGUUACUUUUGUCGGCGGCGUCAGUGUCGGCGGCGGCGUUGUCGGCGUCCCCUAAAGCUUGUCCGGAGCAUAACUCAGUCACUAUAAGUCUGAUUGACUUCAAACUUGGUAUGCAUGCUUCUUUCAAUAACCCGAAGUGCAGUGCACAAGGACAGUACUCUGCAGUUCUUAUUUUUUGAGUUAUUGCCCUUUGUUAACUUUCAUACUUUAAUUUUGUCCGGGCCUUUUCUCUUCAGCUAAAAAAGCUAUGGACUUGAAACUUCAUAGGAUGAUAGAUCUCAUUAAGAAGAAGUGCAGUGCAUAAGAACCGGUACUCUGCACUUCCUAAUUUUUGAGUUAUUGCCCUUUGUUAAUUUUCAUACUUUAUUUUUGUCCGGGCCAUUUCUCCUAAUGUAUAAAAGCCAUGGACUUGAAACUUCAUAGGAUGAUAGGUCUCAUUAAGAAGAAGUGCAGUGCACAAGAACAGGUACUCUGCAUUUCUUAUUUUUUGAGUUAUUGCCCUUUGUUUAUUUUCAUACUUUAAUUUUGUCUGGGCCAUUUCUCCUUAAGUAUAAAAGCUAUGGACUUGAAACUUCAUAGGAUGAUAGAUCUUAUUAAGAAGAAGUGCAGUGCACAAGAAUCAGUACUCUGCAUUUCUUAUUUUUUGAGUUAUGGCCCUUUGUUAAUUUUCAUACUUAAUUUUUGUCCAGGCCAUUUCUCCGAAAGUAUAAAAGUUAUGGACUUGAAACUUCAUAGCAUGAUAGAUCUCAUUAA